UCUGACAUAUUGACCAUUUGUUGUUAUAUUUCUCUCUUCGAACAUUUUUUUACUUUGAUAUGCUUGGCAGAACAGUAUUUAACAUAUAAGUUCAAAUACUUUAAACUGGAACAUUCAAGUCAUGUACACGAUGUGUCCCGUAUUGUUCUUUUUCUUUUUAAUACUUGCAAAUAAAAUUAAUGCCGGCGUAAUGCAUAGUCAUUCUAACGAUAUCCACAAAGAACGAGAAUCUGACGGAGCAUACAGUCCAAGGGACCAUGCUCAUUAUUCAGAAGAUGGUGACGAACAUCACAGCGAGUUUGAUCACGAAGCAAUAUUAGGAAGUCACAAGGAUGCAGAAGAAUAUGAUCAUUUACCUCCAGAAGAAGCCAAAAGAAGACUAGCUAUUUUGAUAACAAAAAUGGACUAUAAUAAUGACAGUCAUAUUGAUAGGAAUGAGCUGAAGGCCUGGAUAAUUAGAUCUUUUAAAAUGCUGUCAGAAGAAGAGGCCAGAGAUAGAUUAGAAGAUGCAGAUGAAAAUCAUGAUGGCAAAGUUACUUGGGAAGAGUAUUUGAGUGAUACAUAUGGAUUAGAUAGUUAUGAAAAUAAUAUAGAUCUUGGAGGUGAAAAUGAGCAUCUUAUUGAAGAAGACAAGACAAUGUGGAAAGCUGCAGAUACUAAUGGUGAUGGAGUUUUGGACAGUCAAGAAUGGAUUUCAUUUUCACACCCUGAAGAACAUCCAAUAAUGCUUCCUAUUAUUUUAGAACAGACGUUAAAAGAUAAGGACAAAGAUGGAGAUGGGGCUAUUAGCUUUCAGGAAUACAUUGGAAACAGAGGAGGUGAUCUUGGAAAGGACGAAUUGAUUAGUGAAAAAUCAAAAUUUGAUGACACUUUUGAUAAAAACCAUGAUGGGAAAUUGGAGGGAAAUGAAAUUUUAUCCUGGGUUGUGCCAAGCAAUGAUGAAAUAGCACAAGAAGAAGUCGACCAUUUAUUUGUACACAGUGAUGACAAUCAUGAUGACACACUAAGUUUUGAAGAAAUAAUUGAGCAUCAUGAUACAUUCGUAGGCAGUGAAGUAACAGAUUAUGGUGAUCAUUUACAUAAUAUUCAUCACUUUGAGGAUGAAUUAUGAUGAAGUGUUGGUUAAUAUUUUAUAAAUGUUAUUUAUUCUUAUAAUUUAUAUCACUAUUGGUGAAUAUUGACAAUUAUUAUUUAAAAUCACCUAUUUGUAGGUAUUCCAUGCGUUUGAACAAAACCUUUGUUAAUUUUCAUAAUUUUAUUUUUAAUUUUAAAUAGGCAGAUACACAAUUGAUAAGGUAAAAUGUCUAUAAUGAUUUGUUACAUAAUGUUAUUAUUUCAGUUGUUUUUCCUACCUCACAUUUAUUUUACUAAAACAUUUAAAUGUUUAUUAUAAUGUUGGAUUGUUUGAAUAUUAUUUGAAUCUAUAAAUUAUUUAUAAAUGUACUUAAUGUUUAUACAAUUGAGUAAUAAGUGACGUUUUUCUAAUCCUACUAGUCUAAGGUCUGACCGUGAGAUUACUGCACUCUUUUAAUCAAAAUACAAUUUUUAUAGAUAAUUAUUGAUAGAAAAUAUCUAAAUAUGGUCGUAAGAAUUUUUGUUAAAAAUUCAUUUCAUAGAGAUAUGUAAAGAACUUAAAAAAAAUUAAAAUGCCGCAAACUCUUGCCAAUUUAUAAGUUCAUAGCAUAUUUUAAUAAAUUAUUAUAUCAAACAAAGCUAAUUUUUAUCUCUACACGAUGUAAAAGUGUAAAAACAAUUAUUUAUUUUUCAACAUAAUCUUUUAGGUCUAUACACGUUUCAAAGCAUUUCUCUAACUUUCUAAGCCAUCUUAAAAGUAAGAUUUCGGAAUUUCCUCAAAAUAGACAUCUGUUUGGACGAUGACAUCCUAGUACGAUGUGAACCGUUGUCCGCCGAGCCAUUUUAUACAGUUUGAAAAUAAAAAAGUCAUUGGGGGCCAAAUUCGGUGAAUACGGUGUAAUAAUUCUGUGAUUUUGGCCAUAUAAACUGCUCAGGUGUGCAUUAUCUUAAUGGAAGAGGAUCUUUUCCCUGAUUUCUUCGAUAAAUUGGUGCAAUAACGACUCAUACAAGUUAUUAGUGUAGAUGGUUCCAUGUGCAACUCAAAAAAAACCGUUGCCAAUCGAUUUCACCAUCUUCGGUUUUUUUAGAGCCCAUUUGCUUUUAAAAACCCACUAUUGUGACUGUUCCUUUGUUUCUGCAUCCACAGUUAUGCAUCAACGUAGAAACUCGUCAGGAUUGCGAGAGAAUGCGCCAAAUCAGCCUUAGAGUUGAUCUUUUGAUUGCAUUUAUUCCCCAUUGAGAGCAAAAGGCAGCACCCAUCUUACGGCACCCAUCUUCCAUCUUGUCGAUAUUUUUUCGCCCAUAAUUUUUUGUGUCAAAUAGAAAACAUUCUUAACUUGCAAUAUACACGUGGUCUUAACUAUUUUCGUUGGUAGUAAAGAUAUAAUAGAUCAGUUGAAUUAACUUGAAGUAAAGUUUUAGGGGGUUGAGAAGGGGUAAAAAAAUGGUAAUCUCGCGAUUUGCGCCGAAAGUUGACGUCAGAAAUAAAAAUAAUUUAUAAUGCAAAAGUUGUAGAUCAAUCAAAAAUUUACGGCUUUUGUAGAGAUCACUUUUUUCUAUCAAAAUGUUUUUUUUUUUCGUUUUAUUUUUCAUUUCUCCAAAAAUAAUUUAAUUCUGAUUAAAUUUGGU